AUGCACCAUGAUGAUGCAAACAUUGAUUACUAUUACAAUUCUACAUUAUUUCAUGAUAUAUCUCAACAAUUAUCAUCUCUGAAAACAACUGAAAAUGACAAAGUACUUCGACGAUAUCUUCCAUCGUUAGUUGCCUUUCAUAUCAAAGAACAAUCGAAACACGAAUUUCAAUCAAAUAUAGAACAGUUUCAAUCUAUUCGUUCACAUCUCACAAAUGAUGAGAUGUGGAAUAGCGAUGAGGAAUUGAAGAAAUCAUUCAAUGAUUUACAAGAAUGUCCCAAAUCUACUGAGAGAAUUCUAUCACUUGUUCUAACAAAAGGUGCUCGUCUCGAAUGUGAUGAUAACGAAUCCUUUGGAUUCAAUCUUGCUAAAGCAAUUAAUCAAUUGUUACUUGCGAAACUUAUCAUUGUUCAAUUUUCCACUCAGCGAUUGCACUAUGAAAAAAAAUUAGGGUAAAUAGUAGGUAUGCACCAGUUAAGAACUGGUGAUGAGGCUCCCACGAAAAUUGUUAUAAAUCGCUUAUAAAGAAUUACUCAGAGCCGCGGAACGGUUCAUUAUGUACAGAAAUGUUUGAAUUGCAAUUCCAUAUAGGUAUAAAUAUUUUUCAAGUUAACUAUGAUACAAGCUUUUCAUUAGUCAGAAGGGAUCGUAAGAAAAUAGACACUG